AUGAGGACGAGACACAACGGACUGGUGGCUGCGGCCUACCUACAGAGACUGGGGGUGAACACAGCUGUCUUUGAGAAGCGUCAUGUGAUUGGGGGUGCAGCUGUCACGGAGGAGAUCAUCCCAGGGUUUAAGUUCUCCCGAGCUUCCUACCUCCUCAGCCUGCUGCGGCCACAGAUUUACACAGACCUGGAGCUGAAGAAACAUGGGCUGAGGCUGCAUCUUCGAAACCCAUACUCCUUCACCCCCAUGCUGGAAGACCACACAGCUGGCAAGGGGCCCAGGUCCCUUCUACUGGGCACAGACAUGGCAGAAAACCAGAAGCAGAUUGCCCAGUUCUCACAGAAGGACGCCCAGGCCUUUCCCCGAUAUGAGGAGUUCAUGAAUCGCUUGGCGUCAGCUAUUGACCCUCUGCUGGACGCAGCCCCCGUGGACAUGGCCACUUUCCAGCGUGGUUCCCUGCUACAAAGGUUCCAGGCACUCUCCACCCUCAAGCCCCUGCUGCGGGCAGGCCUCACCCUGGGAGCCCAGCUUCCCCAGUAUUACCAGGUCCUUACAGCUCCUAUCAUGAAGGUGCUAGACCAAUGGUUUGAGUCUGAGCCUCUGAAGGCCACUCUGGCAACAGAUGCUGUGAUUGGAGCCAUGACCAGCCCCCACACACCAGGGAGUGGGUACGUGUUGUUACAUCACGUGAUGGGGGGCCUAGAAGGGACGCCAGGGGCCUGGGGCUAUGUCCAGGGGGGCAUGGGUGCCCUCUCUGAAGCCAUUGCAAGCUCAGCCACAGCGCAUGGAGCAAAUAUCUUCACUGAAAAGGCGGUGGCCAAGGUGCAGGUGAGCAGCAGAGGCCGUGUCCAAGGGGUCGUGCUGCAGGAUGGCACGGAGGUGAGGAGCAGAGUGGUGCUGUCCAAUGCGUCCCCUCAGAUCACCUUCCUGAAGCUGACACCUCAGGAGUGGCUUCCUGAGGAGUUCGUGGGGAAGAUCUCUCAGCUGGACACCCAGUCACCUGUUACCAAGAUCAACGUGGCUGUAGACAAGCUUCCCAACUUCCUGUCUGCACCCAACACUUCCGAAGGCCAACCAUUGCCCCACCACCAGUGCUCCAUCCACCUCAACUGUGAAGACUCCCACCUCCUCCAUCAGGCCUUUGAAGAUGCCAUGGAUGGCCUCCCCUCCCACAGGCCUAUGAUUGAACUCUGCAUCCCCUCCUCGCUGGACUCCACCCUGGCUCCGCCUGGCUGCCAUGUCAUCUCGCUCUUCACUCAGUACACUCCCUAUGCGCUGGCUGGAGGCAAGGCCUGGGACGAGCAGGAGAGAGAAGCGUAUGCAGACAAAGUGUUUGACUGGAUCGAAGCCUAUGCCCCUGGCUUCAAGGGCUCUGUGGUGGGCAGAGACAUCCUCACCCCACCCGACCUGGAGAGGAUCUUUGGGCUUCCUGGAGGGAACAUAUUCCACUGCGCCAUGUCCCUGGACCAGCUCUACUUCGCCCGUCCCUUGCCUCUGCACUCCAGUUACCGCUGUCCCCUCCCGGGCCUGUAUCUCUGUGGAAGUGGGGCCCAUCCCGGGGGCGGUGUCAUGGGAGCAGCUGGACGGAAUGCAGCCCAUGUGGUCUUUAAAGACCUCAGGAACCUGUGA